GGUGCAUUCAUCCAUCAAUCAAUCCCCAUCCACUUGUUCUUCUUUGAAACUCCUCUCUCCUCUCAGCUAAUUAAGAUCAUUAUUUAGGUUCAGAAAGAUCAGCAGAAAGAAGAAGAAGAAAGCGAAAGAGAUGAAGGAAAAUACUGGGAACCCUUUGGCCUUGACGUCUCUCAACCACAUCUCUCUCAUCUGCAAAUCAGUGGAGGAAUCCAUCGACUUCUACCAGAACAUCCUGGGUUUUGUCCCUGUGCGAAGGCCUGGUUCUUUCAAUUUCGAUGGGGCCUGGCUGUUCUGCUAUGGAAUCGGAAUCCAUUUGCUUCAAUCCGAAGACCCGGAGAAUUUGCCUAAGAAAAAUGUAAUCAAUCCCAAGGACAAUCACAUCUCGUUCCAGUGUGAGAACAUGGACGGAGUGGAAAAGAAGCUGAAAGAGAUGGAAAUCAAGUACGUGAGGCAAAGGGUGGAAGAAGGCGGAAUCUACGUGGACCAGCUGUUCUUCCACGACCCCGACGGCUUCAUGAUCGAGAUCUGCAACUGCGACAACUUGCCGGUGGUUCCGUUGGCCGGCGAGGUCGCCAGGUCAUGUUCCCGUCACAAUAUUCCGAUCAUGCAGUCCCAUAAGCACAUUCAUGUUUAGUUCAAGUCCCCUUGAAGCUAAGCUAGCCGCCGUACGUUACGUUCUAAUAAUAAUAUUAUUAUUGUUACAAUAAUUACACAUCCCAAGCUAAGCAAUUGGUUAAUUACUGAGCUAAGCUCGAUCGGCUCUCUCGAUCUUUUGUUUUGUUUGGCUCGAUAAUCAUCAUCAAGCUAA